AUGCCGCCGAAGAAAGACACCAAAGCCGGUGGUGGCAAGAAGCCAUCUGCCGCCAAACUCGUGGAGGAUAGGACAUUUGGCAUGAAGAACAAGAAAGGAGCGCAGGCACAGAGACAAAUCCAGCAGAUGACGGCCAAUUUGAAGGGCAGUGGAAGCGCAGAAGAGAGAAAGAAGGCGGCCGAGAAGGCGCAGCGUGAGAAGGAGAAGAAGGCGGCCGAGGAGGCUAGAAAAGAAACAGCAGCACUGCUAAAUAAGCCGGCCCAGAUUCAAAAAGUUCCGUUUGGUGUCGACCCCAAAACGGUCGUCUGCAUUUUCUACAAGAAGGGUGACUGCGAAAAGGGAAAGAAGUGCAAAUUUGCUCACGAUUUGAGUAUCGAACGAAAGACGGAAAAGAAGAACCUAUACACGGAUGUUAGACAAGAGGAGGAUGACAAAAAGAAGCAGGAAACCUCUGCGGACUGGGAUGAAGAGCAACUGCGCAAGGUUGUCUUGUCCAAGAAGGGUAACCAGAAGACCACGACCGACAAGGUGUGCAAGUUCUUCAUCCAGGCCAUCGAGGACGGCAAGUAUGGUUGGUUUUGGAUUUGUCCAAAUGGUGGCGAUAAGUGCAUGUAUAAGCAUGCUCUCCCCCCCGGAUUUAUUCUCAAGACGAAAGAGCAGAGGGCGGCAGAGAAGGCCCUUCUUGAUAAAUCUCCACUCAAGACUCUGACUCUUGAAGAUUUCUUGGAGUCGGAGCGUCACAAGCUUACCGGAACGCUGACACCUGUUACGCCUGAGACUUUUGCCAAAUGGAAGAAGGAGCGCAUGGACAAGAAGGCCGCUGAGGAACAGGCUCGCAAGGCUAAGGAUUCCACUGGUCGUGCCCUCUUCGAGAGUGGCAAGUGGAGAGAUGAUGAUUCCGAGGCGGAGAGUGAGGAUGAAGACGAUCCUUGGAACUUGGAGAAGCUGCGUCGCGAGACUGAGGCUCUGCGACAGAAGAAGGAAGAAGAGCGCCUCAAGGUUCUGCAUGAUGGAUCGCUGCCAACUGCGAUAGACGGCACCCCAGAAGGAGCAGAGGACGACAGCGGUGCUGGCGAGGCGGGUGAGAGCGGAGGCGAUGUUACUGGAGAAGCUUCUUCGGUCCCACAGGCAGGCCAAGAAGUACCUGCUGCUUGA